AUGGCUCCGACUCCAGCAGAGCGCAUCGAGCAGUUUGGCAAAUGCUACACCAUCGACGACGUCGUCCGGUUGCGGGCCCGCGAUGAGGAACAGACGCCCAUCCUGGGUAUGCCACGUGGGAAGGACGAUCCCGCAGACUACGAGUACUUCACUGGCGCCGAGCUGGACCGCAUGGUGGACGAAGCCUGCCGCGCACUCGUGGGCAAGGGCCUCGUGGUCAACUCCAAAAAGACAAUCACACUCUACGCUGUGUCUGACCUGUCCUAUGUCGUCACCUUCUUCGCCCUCUUCCGCCUGGGAUGCAAGGUCCUGACCAUGUCGGCCCGUCUGGGUCCGCCGGCGUGUCUGCACCUGCUCAAGACCGCCGCGUCCGACAUUGUGCUGCACAGCUCCAAUGCCCGCAUUGAUUCCACGCUGGCCGAAGUUGUUGUCGAGCGGCCCGGCAUCCAGCUGCUGCCCAUGCUCACCCGCGACGAGUUUGACAAGCCCGACGCCCCGCCCCAGCCGCCAUUCGUGCGUGAGAUUGCCGACCCGGACGCCGAGCAUGUCGAGGUUUGCCUCAUGGCCCACUCCUCCGGGUCCACGGGCCUGCCGAAGCCGCUGCUGCUGUCUCACCGCAGCCUUCAGAACUCGCUCUUGUCGGGCACCGGUCUGCGCGCCUUCAAUGCGCUCCCAUGGUACCAUGUUCACGGCCUCAUCACCUCUCUGCAGGCCAUGUGGAUGCGCUGUCCCGCCCACCUGUUCAACCCGAUGCUCCCCCUCACGGCUGCCAACCUCGUCGCCGCCCUGCGUGUCAUCAAACCCGAGGUCUGCCACUGCGUGCCAUACGCCCUGAGCUUGAUAGCAGAGGACCAGGCCGGUGUCGACGUUCUCAAGCAGUGCCGCAUCGUCACGUCCGCCGGCGCCAAGACCCCCGACGAGCUGGGUGACCGUCUGAUUGCCUCUGGUGUCAACCUCGGCGUCAUCUAUGGCUUGACAGAGGUCGGCCACGUCGGCGACUCCAUCUACAACCGCAAGCCUGAGGAUGCCGACUCCUGGGCCUAUGUGAGACCCUACCCCAACCUGAAUGAGCACAUGACGUUCAAACACGUCGAGGGCACCACGUACGAGGCUGUCUUCUUCAAGUCGCACCCAGCCCUGCUCAUGUCCAACUCGGACGACCCGCCCGGCUCAUACUAUGCCAAGGACCUGUUCAAGCCGCAUCCGACCAUUCCCAAUGCCUGGAAAUACAUUGCUCGCCAGGACGACCGCCUGACGCUGAUUACCGGCGAGAAGAUCCUGCCUCUCGGCAUGGAGGGCGCCGUCCGUGAGCAUCCCCUCGUCAAAGAUGCACUCAUGUUUGGCAACGACCGCGCCGUGCCGGGAAUGCUCGUGUUCCGCGCCCAGGCGGCCGCCGCUCUGACCGAGGACGAGUUUAUUCGUGCCAUCUGGCCCUCCAUUGAGCAGGCGAACAGCAUUGCCGACGAGUUUGCGCGCAUCACGCGCGACAUGGUGGCGUCCAUUGCGUAUGGUGUGGAGUACCCCGUCACCGACAAGAGCAAUGUCAUCCGCGCCGGCGCUACCCGCCUCUUUGGGACACAGAUCGAGGCCAUCUACGCCCGGCUGGACGGCGGUGGUGAUGCUGGCGCUGCGAACGGUGCACGAAACGGCACCUACUUCAAGAAGCCCACGUCACUCGACGUGGCUGGUCUCGAGGCGUUCGUCAUGGACACCUUCCGGACGCAGACGGGGAUUGAGUUGCCCAGUGCCGACGCUGACUUCUUUGCCUCGGGCGUCGACAGUCUGCGCGCCAUCCAAGCCCGCCGUCUGUUCCAGGAGUCGCUGGAUUUUGGCAACUACCGCCUGCCGACCAACGUCGUGUACGAUGCGCGCACAGCUGCCAACCUGGCCGUCGUCUUUACUAACCUGCUGAUCCGGACGAACGAUGCCAGUGCAACAAUCGGAGAGAAUAAAACCAACGGCCUUGCAAAUGGAAAUGGCAUCCAUUCCGAGACCGAACAAACCCCCCUGGCUGUCAUGCAGAGUCUCAUCGACAAGUACUCGACCUUUGACACCGAGUCUCAGCACGCCGGCGGCGGGGAGUCCGUCCUGUUGACCGGCGCCACCGGCGCCCUUGGUGCUCAUAUCCUGCACCAGCUGCUCUACGACUCCAACGUCGAGCGCGUGACCUGUCUCGUCCGUGGCCCGCACGGCCUCAAGCGCGUCCACGCCUCGCUUCGGGAGCGUGGCCUGGACCUGGGCUCGUCGCGUGCCAUUGCCCGCAAGCUUGUUGUUCUCGAGGCCCCGAACCUCGGCGAGCCGCUGCUCGGCCUGGACGCCUUUGACUACAGCGGCCUCGUAGCCGACACCACCACCAUCAUCCACGCUGCCUGGCCCGUCCACUUUGGGCUGUCCGCCUCAAGCUUCGAGCCCCAUAUUGCCGGCCUUCGCAACCUGCUGCAGUUGUCCCUCCAGGUCCCGUCGCGCAAGCCCGCUCGCGUCCUCUUUGCCAGCAGCAUUUCGGCCGCCUUUAACAUCCCGCGCCCAGACAACGGUGACACGGCCGUGGUGGCCGAGGCUCCGCUAGCGUCUCUGAGCGAUGCAUCAGAGGGCUUGGGCUACGCCGCCUCCAAGCUGAUCGGUGAGCGCAUCUGCGAGGCCGCCGCUCGCGAGGGUGCCAAUGUCGCCGUUCUGCGCAUUGGCCAGAUUACGGGCGACACUGACCGUGGUAUCUGGAACGACCGCGAGGCCGUGCCGCUGCUGGUGCGCAGUGCCCUUGAGCUGAAAGCGCUGCCCCGUCUGGACGGCCAGCAGGGCCGUUGCGAGUGGAUUCCCGUGGACGUGGUAGCAGCCGCCUGCAUCGAGAUUGCAACCGCCAUGAAGGACGCGAGCGCCACCACGCCACGACGCAACAGCGCCGACGGUCCUAUGCGGUCGUCCGAUGUCCAGGCCACGUCUCAGGCUGCUACGGCCAAGGCCCGCUACUACAACAUCAACACGCCUCACGUUGUGUCGUGGAACGAAGAGGUCCUGCCCGCCUUCAAAGCAGCCGGCCUCGAUUUUGAGUCUGUGUCUCUGGACGAGUGGCUGGCUAAGCUGCGUGCCCGUGGCGACGAGCUUGGUUCUGGCUCGGAUUCGGAUGCCAUUGCCAAGCGCCUGCCCGCCCUCAAGCUGGCCGACUACUACGAGCGCAACUACGGCGGCACGCCCGAGUCGGCCAUCCUGCGUUUCAGCAUCACAAAGGCGCGCCGCGACAGCCCUUCCUUGGCGGCGUGUCCCGACAUGGUCGACUCACAGCUGGUGGGCAAGUACCUGAAGUCGUGGCUGGCGAAGUGGGAGGCUGAGAAGUAG